AUGUUAGCUCCGCCCAGUUCAACAGGUUCUGUGAUGGAUCGAGCGCGCAUCGACGAGCUGACAAGGCAAAUUAGCAGCCAUACGGAUAUGUUAUGCGAAUAUAUCGACGAAUACGUGGAUGUACUGGUGAACCAUGUAUGUAGAAUGGUCAAGCAUCGUGGAACGCAUCGAAUAGAGGCACGUGAUGUAGAAUUUGUACUUGACGCUGUAUAUAAAAUGCCGUCUGUGCCUCGAGCAUCUGUUCACGUGUUUGGCGCACCUGCGUCCAUUCGUCCCGAUCGGAUCACACCGCAGCCAACAGAGGCGCACAAGCAACGUAUGCUUCUAAUAAAGAAAGUUGUGAAGAAGCCAUAA